AUGUCCGAGUCCUCUACCUUCACCACUGCGGUAGUACCUGAAGGUUCUCUCCAUCUACUCUUCAUCCCUUCCUCUCUCACAUGGAACGUCCCUACAUGUACAGGCGAAGGAGUUGCUCCAAUGGCAGAGACCGUGCAGUAUUACAACUCCUACUCUGACGCAUCCAUCGCGUCUUGCGCAUUUGUAGACUCGGGGAAGGACAAAAUUGAUAAGACCAAGUUGGUCACGUACACCAGCCGCCUCGCCGCAAGCCCCGCAUAUCAGAAGGUCGUCGGCGUCGGCCUCAAAACGGCCGCGGGCUCCAUCGUGCCCUACGUCCGGCUCGACAUGGACAACACCGGCAAGGGCAUCCAUUUCAACGCGACUAAACUCUCCGACAGUUCCGCCAAGCUCGCCGCGGUGCUCAAGACGACGGUGUCCAUGACCGAGGCACAGCGAACUCAACUCUACAUGGAGUAUAUCAAGGGCAUCGAGAAUCGGAGUGCGCAGUUUAUUUGGGACUGGUGGAGGACGGGCAAGGCUCCGGCGUGA